CACAGCACUGCGCACACAGGUUCCCUAUUAAAUGGCAGAGACAGGGACAGAGAGAAGCCAGUGCAGCAUAUGCCAAGUGCCGGGCUACAGUGAUGUUGCAUUGGAAUGAGGAAGUGGAGUGGAGAGGGGUGGGACUGAGACCAGAGCUUCAUCCUGCAGCGCUUCUUAGAGCAGCACAUGGAACAGCUGCUGGGGACUGGGAGAGCUGUGUACAGCCAACCCACGGAAGAGCAGAUAACCAGAAAAACAUGGAAACAGAUGAGGCACAGGAUAUUACCCAAAUGUCAGGAACUCAAAGCCCUGCAAUGAGCGAUGGUUUGGAUGACCCAGAUGAGCCCAUGCCUGUGCCUGAAGAUCUGUCUACAAAUGCAGCAUCACAACAGAAUUCCAAGAAUGAAAAAUCAAUUGCUGUACAUGAGGCUGAGCGCUUUAGGGAUUUACACGCAAUCAUUCUCAAAUCUUUUUCCCCUGGCAAUAUCAAAGUAGAGAAUCACAGUGAUGAAGAGAACGGACGUGCCUGUGAAAUGAAUGGGGAGGAAUGUGCAGAGGAUUUACGAAUGCUUGAUUCAGCUGGGGAGAAAAUGAACGGAUCACUGAACGGACAAGGCACCAAGGCCUUGACAGGAGUUGGAGGUAUUCGACUUCCUAACGGAAAACUAAAAUGUGAUAUCUGUGGGAUAAUAUGCAUCGGCCCCAAUGUGCUCAUGGUACACAAAAGAAGCCACACUGGCGAACGCCCGUUCCAGUGUAACCAGUGUGGUGCCUCCUUUACCCAGAAGGGCAACCUCCUUCGUCAUAUCAAAUUACACUCUGGUGAAAAGCCCUUUAAAUGUCACAUGUGCAACUAUGCAUGCAGGCGCAGAGAUGCACUCACUGGUCACCUCAGGACACAUUCUGUAGGCAAACCUCACAAGUGUGGAUACUGUGGUCGUAGCUAUAAGCAACGGAGCUCCUUAGAAGAGCAUAAAGAGAGAUGUCACAACUACCUACAAAGUAUGGGCUUGCAGAGCCAUCUUUAUGCUGUAAAAGAAGAGAGCAAUCAAAAUGAUAUGGCAGAAGACCUGUCCAAGAUUGGGUCAGAGAGAUCACUUGUGCUCGACAGACUUGCAAGUAACGUUGCCAAACGUAAGAGCUGUAUGCCUCAGAAAUUUGUUGGUGAGAAACGAUUGUCAGAUAUUCCCUAUGAUUCUAAUGCCAACUAUGAAAAGGAAAAUGAAAUGAUGCAGACGCAUGUUAUGGACCAAGCAAUCAACAAUGCAAUCACCUACUUGGGAGCUGAAUCCUUGCGUCCAUUGGUGCAGACACCACCAGGCGGCUCCGAAGGUGUACCUAUCAGUUCUAUGUAUGCCCUGCAUAAACCCCAUGCAGAUAUCACUACUAACGCCAGCCAGUCUGCCCAUGAAAGUGCAGUGGAGAAUCUCUUACUGCUUUCACAGGUCAAGUCCAUCUCUUCUGAAAGGGAAGUUUCUCCAAGCAACAGCUGCCAAGACUCAACAGAUACUGAGAGUAAUAAUGAGGAACGUGGAGGCCUUAUCUACCUGACCAACCAUAUGACCCCUCAUCCUAGAAAUGGACUAUCAACAAAAGAGCAUAGGCCAUUUGAGAUGAUGAGGGCUUCUAGUGACAAUUCACAAGAUGCUUUUAAAGUGAUCAGUGGUAGUGGUGAAUCACUAAAAGUGCACAAGUGUGAGCAUUGCCGCGUCAUCUUUUUAGAUCAUGUAAUGUACACAAUUCACAUGGGCUGCCAUGGUUUCCGUGACCCAUUUGAGUGCAACAUGUGUGGUUACCAGAGCCAGGACAGAUAUGAGUUUUCAUCACACAUAACCCGUGGUGAGCAUCGUUUCAAUAUGGGUUAGACAUUUUUGUUAGUGUUUUUUUGUACA